CAAGCAACGCAACUAACAAAAUUACGCUACGUCUGCGAGGUGAAGAAAACCAAUCCUGGAUAUUAAAGAAGAUUGGCAAUCAUUUCAGCAUUAUUAACAUAAACAAAGAAGGACAUGAAUUUUUUGCCGUCACCUACAACCAAAAUUCUGAACUUACCGUAGAACCGUAUAAUCCAAAUGUUCCUUCGCCACAAUCACAAAGAUUUUUUAUCGGUAAUAAAUCAGGUCAGCCGCUUCCUAUGGCCAUUAAGUCUUGUUUAGACGCUGGACACCAUAUCAUUGCUAGGGAUGGGGCAGGUGAAGAUUCACCGCUCUUUGCCAAAGAAUUCGAAGAAAUGCAACCG